GACGAAGAGAACACAUCCGUUUACAGUGGAGAUAGAUAAUGUGACUCCCAGGAGGUUAUAAGGAUGUCGGGGACCCACUGACGGCCGUCACUGCUGCUCACAGCUACAUAGUUGUCAGUUGACCCCAAAGGAGGAGGGGAUGCCACCUUUAGCUGGAGCCGAGUUGAUCCAGACACCAGUGCAGCUCUAUCGAUAUCUCCUCAGAUGCUGCAGGCAGUUACCGUCCACAGCAAUGCAGCAACACUAUCGACACGCCAUACGACAGGGUUACAACAGUCACUCGGAUGAAGACGACCCAGAGAGGAUACGAAUGAUCGUCCAAAGAGCAAUAACAGAUGCUGACUGGAUUCUAGACAAAUAUACCAAGAAGAAGUGAGGUGCAUAAGAAAGGAGGCGCCUGACAUGGCUCACAGCCGUGGACACACUGUCUCCAGCUUCUCUGCUGUUACUGUCUGUUCUCGACACAAUGUGGGUGAAGUAACAAGUAUAAAGCCACUGCUCAAUUCACUCAAAUAUUAAAGUGUAAAUACUGUUUAGACUGAAAUGUGAUUAUCUACUGUAUCUAGUGUUUUUAAAUAAAGUAAUUAUCAAUAACUAUA